CGCACCCCACCGGCGCUCCCCCACUCCCCACACACACACGCCCCCCUCCUCACUCGCUAUAACCGGACAAGCGUGUCAGUCGUUAUCCCACUCAAGGCCUUUAAUAUACACUAUUAAAUCUAAUAGAGACUAAUAACAUUAAAAAAAAACAGCGUGUAGAAAAUGUACAAUAUAAUAGUCACUUUUGUGUAUCAAAAAAACUAUCAGGAAAAUAGGGAAAACAUUGAGUGUUUAGUGAUUGAGCUCGACUGAAAUUGUCUGAAAUGUUAUCGUUUUUUUUUUCACUCGCAGUGGACGUAAACACGAGUGAAUAUGCAGUAAGACAAAGUGUUCAUAAUAUAUGAACUGACUAAGCUAUAAAUUGUGUUAAAACCAACACUUUUUCAGCAGUUUGGAAGACACUUGAGUGUGUUGAAGACUCACGUGGCGUCAGACGCACUCAGUCUUGAGUGAACUCUGAAGGUUUCAUCUAUUGAGUGGACUGAAGCUUUCAUCUUCUAUUGAAUGAACUGAAGCUUUCACCUUGAAUGAACUGAAGCUUUCACCUUGAAUGAACUGAAGCUUUCAUUUUGAAUGAACUGAAGCUUUCAUCUUGAAUGAACUGAAGCUUUCAUCUUAUCCGAGUGAACUAGCACGGUUUCAUCUUUGUGAACUCAAAAUAGUUUUUUUUUAUAAUGAGUCACCGCCCAAUAUAUCUUAAAGCUUUGGGUUCAGUCUGGAGGCUGCAGUUAAAGCACUGAGGUGCCCCAAGGCGCCUCAAGGUUACCAAAGUGACUUCAAGCCUGCUCAGAGCGUAUCAAUUGGCGCUGAUGCCAAUUAUCUCACCUGAACUACUCCCCAGCUUCCCAAGUGUGCCUACACCUGCCCAGGAUACAAGGAAAUCGUGGAACGGCGCUCGUUAUCUUGGGGCAAGGAGAAGACACAAGACAAGAUGACCUGGCGCAGUAGAGGGCGUCCGAGGCUCGUACUCCACCUGCUGGCCAUCACGCAGUUGGCUACUCGGACCUCAGGUCAAUGCAGGGCGACAGAAACCUUCGAGAAGGUGACCCGGGCGACGCUGGACGGGGUUGAAGGGUCGCCCCUCUUCGCCAGCUCUGGCAACACUGUCACAGAGGGCUGCCUCGCCAGCUGCCGCAGCUUGGAGACGUGUUCAAGCUUCGUAGUGAACUACGAGAGGGAAGCUUGCUUCAGCGUGAAGGCUGACUCCACCGCCCGCCUCUUGCCCGUGGACCAGCGUCUUAACUACUUUCAGAAGCUCUGUAUCAGCGCGCCGGCGUGUGGGAAGGCGUGGAUGCUGGAGCGAGUUGUGGGGUUCGAGGUGGAGGGCUACGACGACCUGGUGCUCACCAACGUCCCCAGCAGGCUCAAGUGUGCCGAGCUGUGCGUGGGUGAGCGCAACCUGCAGUGUCGCAGCGCAGAGUAUCACGAGAGAGACGGUGUGUGUCGUCUAAGUCGCCAGGACAGACGGACGCAGCCUCUCAGCUUCCGGCCGGCGUCUCCUGACGUCCAUUACAUAGAGAAUCAGUGUGCAGGAAUACCUGAGGUCCAGCAGUGCGAGUUUGAGGAAUUACCUCAGCAAGACAUGGGUCACGGUGACGUCCAGAUCUCCGUCAGCACCGUCGCUGAGUGCCAACACGCGUGUGAGACGGAAGCGACCUUCAACUGCCGGUCGUUCACGUGGUUCGAGCGAGCUGGCGUGUGUCGUCUCUCUGGCGACGACAUGGUCUCUGCCGGACCGUCCGCCGUCGUCCCGCUGCCCGGAGCCGUCUUCCACCAGCGAACCUCCUGUCUAGACCUGCGCCUGGAGUGUACUGUAGACGCCAUGAAGGUCCUCCUCCACACUGCUGAGCCCUUCAGGGGGCGCCUCUUCUCUAUGGACUUCCCGACCUCCUGCCAGUCCAACGACAAGGGCCGCACUGACACUUCUCUCAUCAUCAAGUUCAGAGACCCAGAGUGCGGGGUGAUGGAGGAGGGGAGCGGCGUGUACAGCAAUGUCAUCGUGGUGCAGCACCACCCUGUCAUACAGAGGAGGGGGGAUAAGGCCAUCAAACUCCUGUGCCUGUUCGAGACGGGCAAUAAGACGGUUACUGACAGCUACAACUUCAUCGUUGAUAGCUUCCCGGGAAGCGGAGUGGCGACGGCUAUCGUAAACGCGACGGCUCCGACACCCAGGAUACGACUCCGUAUCGUCGACCGAGAUGGCAACGAUAUCACAGGUGCCAGGCUGGGCGAGGAACUCUAUCUCAGACUGGAGCUUGACAGCGACAGUGUAUAUGGCAUCCUGGCCCGCAACCUGGUGGCUAAGAGCAGCGACAACAGCGACUCCAUCGUCCUGCUCGACGAACGGGGGUGUCCUGUGGACCCGGUAAUAUUUCCCUCUCUCCAACUUGUGCCUGGAUCCAGGAGUCUCCAGGGCAAGUUCGAGGCCUUCAAGUUCUCAGAGGACCAGGUCGUGCGCUUCCAGGUCAACGUCCAGUUCUGUCUGGAAGAAUGUCGUCCGGCCCAGUGUGGUCCAAUCGUUUCUUACGGCCGCAAGCGUCGAGGACUGACGAAAGAGGUCGGCCUGUUGACUCUGGGCGGGAAGUUGAGCCUUCAUGGGGGCGAGGUCACCCUUGAGACUGACGCUGAAGAAGUGGAUCCUGACACCAUCUACCACGAGAUGCCACUACAGAAGGAAAUUAUCGUCAACAGCAACACCGUCAAACCGCUCCGGACAGGCCUCCUGCCGGAGGAGACAGACGCUCGUCGCCUGGCGCAGCUGGUGUGCACGUCGAGGGAGGUGCUGAUUGCCAUCAUCGUCUCUGCCGUCAUCCUUCAGGUGUGUAUUGUGCUGGUCGCUAUCAUGUGUGUGUGCGCGCGAAGGCGGAAGACCCCGGCGAAGGAACACCGCGUCGUCUCCACCUUCAGCAGGGGUGUCCGCUCCCCUUACCCCCUCACAACCUCCGAGAAUUCCGCUAAUACCCUCAAGAGCCUCAGGACCUCUUUGAGGGAUUAGACUUCCCACAGGAGUGUAAGACCUCUUUGCGGGACUGGACUCCCCCAAGGAGUCAUUUACUUUAAUGGUCCCGAAUUUGUAAAAUUAUGUAAAUGAUUAUAGCAAUAAGUUUUGUAAGGGCAAUAAUUCCAGGAUUUUUGAUAGCACAAUAAUACAUUGCAAGUGUCAGCAAAUAUUCAAGAUAUUUUUGGACAUUGUUAUUUGUCCAAAUAAAAUAUUUUGUCCAAACAAAAUAUGAAAUGGACAUUAAAUAUUUGUUUGAAGUUUCGUAAAUUGCUUUUGGCUAUGUAGCUUAUGAACUUUAUACGAUAAAUAUGUAUAUUUGUAAACAUCUUAGGUCCUGGAAAGUUUUUAUACUUUGUAUAUGCUUAUUUUCAACGCCAUUGAAUAUAUUAUUUAUAGAGUACAUAGUUACAAAAUUUCAGUAUGUUUGGGUAAUUAUUCAGUGAGUGUAUAUGUGAUAUUUAUACACAACUUAUUCACUAAGGUUAGGAUUAUACUAUUUAUACAUGGUGCGAUUUGAAUGAUUAUGGGUGCCACCUUCUGUAUUAUUUUCAUAAGGAAUGUCAGCCUGAGAAUGAGGGUAACUUGCUGUAUAAGUUAUGCUGUCAUACAGUCAGCAUAGGCAUGACUUUUGGCAACAUAUGCAAAUGAGUUUUAAGUGAGUAGCCAUGCUAAGGUUGAAUACAGUGCUGUACCAAGGAGUCUGUUGCUCACUCAGUGAGUAGAUAUGUUAUGGUGCAGUGCUGUACCAAGAAGUUUCUUGCUCAGUCAGUGAGUAGAUAUGUUAAGGUACAGUGCUGUACCAAGGAGUAUGUCUUGGUGCCAUAUGUCUCGGUGUCUCCGCCUCAGCAGCUUUCCUAAAUAGCUUAGACUGACUGAGGUAGAAGUUGUAAAGUUCCUUUUGUGUUGGAGUAUGUACGUGUUGAGAUAUAGAGACGUGUUGUUCACGUGGUGAGAUAUAGAACGUGGUGUACCUGUGGUGAGAUAUAGGCACGUGUUGUUCACGUGGUGAGGUAUAGAACGUGAUGUACGUGUUGAGAUAUAGACGGCUACCAUAGAUAAAGUGACACAUCCCAUACAUGUAGUGAGGAAGACAAAUAACAAUACACUGUAUAAAUGUAACAUACACAUGGUAAGAUACAUCAUACAUGCCAGUAUCGUCUGUGCCACUCACCGACACACACAUAGGGAGGGGGAACGAUAGACAUCAUACAGAAGAGGGGUUCGUCAAUGGAUUUAAAAACCCUAACUAACUUUAUCCAGGAACCUAACCGAACCCAACACAAUGUAGCCAAACUUAAUUUUACCCAGACUAGCCUACCCUAAUCCAGACUAGCCUAUCGUAACCUAACUGAAACUAUCCUAGUUAGUUAGAUCCUAACAUUACAAUAACAAAGAUAAGCUUUGUCAAAGCAUUUUGUGUAUGAUUUGGCCAUACAGGAAAUUGACAUAGAUAAAUAAAAGGCAUUCGUUGUUAGUGCUACGUCAAAGUAAUUAGCUAAGGGAUAACGGGGCAUUAUUAUGUAGGUAAUAAGAGUAACUUCAGGAAGAAAUGGAAUGUAGAAUGUAUUACAAGGUGUAAAUUUAUGAAAGGAAAUUAAGAAAUGUUGUAAUCGCAUAGGUUUGCGACGUUUACUAAUUAGACAGGAUUUCAAGUCCAAAUUUAGGGUGAUAUUGUGAGUUUCAGUUUCGAAAUGAAUUUGGAUGGAGUUGAGUUUCAGUUCAGUUCAUAAUUGUAAACUCAGGAGUUCAGAAUCAAGACGAAUUAGUCUCACCAGAUGACGAGGCCUACGUCAGGUAUUUAAAAAUAAUAAUGGAGACGAUACCAAGAUCCAUAGACGCACUCAUUUUAAUGUAGGUAUGGUAUGGAAGUGAUAAUCUCAAAAGUCGUAGGCACAUCACACAUUUACUGGAUGUAUAUGUUAAGCGUUAUGGUGAUGAGAGCAAGAACGACAAGUGUCAGGUUGAUGUGCUUGCUCACAAGUGAGGAUGAUGCUAUCCUUGUUUAGGAAGAGUUAGGAUGUGUUCUUUGGCCAUAAGAAUGAGGUUGAUGUUGUCCUUGGCCACAAGAGUCGGGCAUAUUAAAAUCACAUGGUGCUUAUGUGUCUUAUCUGAAUAUAAUCCUGGAGAACCGACUCCAGCGCCCCCUUAUGGGACCGGACAAUGUGGCUAAAUAAAAGCUCAUGGUGCACUAGUAAAGGAGCUUCUAGUAUUGAUGAUAGACAUGAAGGAGUACUCUAUGCAACAGUGGCAUAUCUUGCAACACUGGCAGUGGUAUUUGUGACGAAAAAUUGAUGAAAGCCUGACUUUAUACGUAUCUUAAAGGUUCUAUGACCCAGGCAGGGUUCGAAGGUGUUUUACGAGGGGUCGUCACCGCAGCCUACACAGUACCAUAACCGCUUGACGACUGUGUAUGCCAUGGGGGGUUAUCCGUUGUUUGUAGUUGUUAUAGAUUCAGCUAAUCUGAACAAGUUGCAAGUAGCACGGGGUAUUGUGAGCCCGUAACUUACCUGGCACAGGAGCGGGGUGAAAUCCGUGGUAAGGCGUGUUCGAAUCCUGGUUGGGUUAUAGAGUUUUUAAAGGAUUUGUGGCUUAGAGACUAUUUAAGUUUUCAUAGUUAUGCACUCCUAAGCAAUCGCUGCCAUACAUAGCACGUAUGCUCUGAAUGUUGUGUUAUUUAUAAUUUUCCAACUCAUUUACAGGGCCAAAUGAGCAAUGUAAACGUUUUUAUAUUGUAAAAAUAAUUGUACAGCACUAAAUAUAAAUAAAACCCUUUUUGUUGUAAAAUA